UCCAUCUCACAAUGUUUCUCUCUCGCUCUCGCUCUCCUCUUUCUCCCUAGUGGAAACCAGCACUCCGUAUCUAAUCCUCCAAUCCGACGGUUACAAUCGGACUUUUAUUCCUCCCAUUGCCGAACGCCGCGCUCAUUUGCGGUGCUGAUGACGUGACGAUGCGGGGGCUGCGUGAAAAGCACUCCCGCGGGCCAAGAUGACAUUUCUGGAACUACCGAGCGCAAAUGGACGCAAAGCACUGCUGCAUUAGCACAUCAAUGGAUAUUAAUCUGUCACACAGAUAGGGGGAUUUACAUAUGUACAGGCUGUGCUGGGCGCUACGACUUGCAUCGCCUUGCUGGGCUGGCCAGGGUCAUGUGAGAGGGCUCUGUUCAAAAAAGAGUCUCUACGCUAAGGGAGCCGUUUUGACAUGUGAAACUUGCAAUUUUUUACUGCAUCUCAAGAGCCUUCAAAACAACAUCAUCAGCGGUGAAACUACUAUUGCGUCGGUUCAACUGUCAUGCCUAUGCCUAAGCCUGCCACAGUGGAUUUCUAAUUCUAAGCCUUUCCGCAGGCGAUCCGAGCGGAAUAGACGUCCGUUGGCCGAGCCUUCGCCCAAUUGGGCUCUAGGAUCUAAGCACACAAUCGCGCAUCUCCGCCAAUCGCCGCCACGUCCACUCACACGGAUCGCUGAAUUGCGACUUUUAAUCUUUUUUAAUACACGGGCGUCGAUUCCAGCAUCCAGUCCUUAUCUCCACGAUCAGACCCUUCAGACCCUUCUUGCCUUCCCCCCCCAAGCCUCCUUGUUCCUUUGCCGGAGCCUCGUCCAUGAUGGCUUGAGAGUUUGUAGCGAGCCCUGGAUCCCAAUUCGCCACCUCUUUCUUGUCGUUGACGUCUUGGAUUUAACCAUUCGGUGCAAGUUCGGAAAUGGUUCAACGCUUCAUAAGGCACAGUCAGUGACACGACGAUACUCCAAAGGUCCCGUCGCUACUUUCAUUGUGAAGCCUAGGGCGCGUCAUUGUGGCCGGGGCUGUCAGGAUUGUGCGCGGUUUAAAAGUUCCAUCGCUUUCGGCGGUUAUUGCCUGACUGACAAUAUUGCCUUGGUUUCGGGGUCCUUGUCAGCAGAAUCCAAACGUCGAAGCGGAACCGCAGAAACUCAUCUCUGUUUCCCUACUCUUGUUGUUCAUCCCCGGCUCAUCCUGCUCGAACCUAGACCAGAAAGAAACCAUGAUUGAUUUACGACACGGCGAUCACCGGCCCAUCCAGACGAGCGCUGUGAUUGUGCUGGGCGCUUCAAAAUGCCAAUCCAUGCCACCCCCAUCUCCGCCAACUCCUUCAGCCUCGCCAUCAGCCAAGGAGAUAGGCGAUCCUGUGGAUGGCUUCAGCCUGGACAGGGAAGCUACGCGAGAGCAAUCCGUAAUGGAUAGGAGACUUCACAGUGGCAUCCAUGUAUUAAACACCGAAGCCGUCGCGCUAGCAAAUCUCACAAAACUCUACGAGAUU